GAUAGAACGUUUGGCUGGCUGCUUUCUUUGACAGGUGUUGAGUGGGGUAAAAGUCUUAAAACAGAAUCCAGCAUGUACGCUAAAGGUAAAGGAGCUGUCGUCCCUUCCGAUAGCCAAGCGAGAGAAAAGUUAGCUUUAUAUGUGUAUGAGUAUUUACUGCACGUCGGUGCACAGAAAUCAGCACAGACCUUCCUGUCAGAGAUCCGAUGGGAGAAGAACAUUACACUGGGGGAGCCCCCUGGAUUCCUACACUCAUGGUGGUGUGUAUUCUGGGAUCUGUACUGCGCUGCUCCAGACCGGAGGGAGACAUGCGAACAUUCCAGCGAGGCCAAGGCUUUCCACGAUUAUAGUGCAGCUGCUGCCCCUAGUCCGGUGAUGGGUAACAUGCCCCCCAACGAUGGCAUGCCUGGUGGACCCAUGCCCCCGGGCUUCUUUCAAGGACCUCCCGGCUCCCAGCCGUCACCCCACGCACAGCCACCCCCACACAAUCCCAACAACCCCAUGAUGGGACCUCAUGGCCAGCCUUUCAUGUCUCCAAGGUACCCAGGUGGACCUCGCCCCUCACUCCGCAUGCCAAAUCAGCCCCCUGUGGGAGUCCCAGGGUCACAGCCUCUCCUGCCAAACAGCCUGGACCCCACCAGACCACAGGGACAUCCAAACAUGGGCGGCCCGAUGCGGAUGAAUCCCCCCAGAGGGAUGGGUGGCAUGGGCCCACAGAACUAUGGUGGUGGAAUGAGGCCUCCUCCCAACUCGAUGGGGCCAGGAAUGCCAGGGAUGAACAUGGGUCCUGGAGGUCGAGGUCCCUGGCCCAAUCCCAACGCAAACUCAAUAGCCUAUUCCUCAUCAUCUCCGGGCAACUAUGUGGGUCCUCCAGGGGGCGGAGGCCCACCAGGAACUCCCAUCAUGCCUAGCCCAGGAGACUCCACAAAUUCCAGUGAAAACAUCUACACAAUGAUGAAUCCUAUUGGCCCUGGUGGUAACAGGCCUAAUUUCACAAUGGGGCCGGGCCCUGAUGGCCCAAUGGGUGGAAUGGGAAGCAUGGAGCCACACCAUAUGAACGGAUCGCUAGGCUCUGGUGACAUGGAUGGGUUGCCAAAGAAUUCUCCCAACAACAUGGCAGUCAUGAACAACCCUCCGGGAACUCCGCGGGAUGAUGGGGAGAUGGCAGGGAACUUUUUAAACCCAUUCCAAAGUGAAAGUCCCCCUGGGAUGUCACUGGAUCGCAGGAUUCUCAUCAAGGCCACCCAUCCCAGUGUUUGCAAAGUGGGGGUUCAGGGCAGGAAACAGUCUCAGAGCCACAGGAAGAACCAACUCAGUGAUUCUUCCUGCCUGCCUGGCUUCCUCACAGGCCCAGGACAGUGAGAAUGAGGGACUCUGUCUGUCUGGCUGUCUGCAGGAACUCCCUUCAGCAACAGGCCUUUCAGCAUCAAGGCUGGUGGCUCCACUCUACUCAAUCAUUUUAUUCUUAUUCUAUUGAAAUGUUGUUUUUGCAUGCAGCAGUUGAGUGAGAGGUUCAAAGCUCACCCUCAUUCAAUUCCUGUGUCCUUUUGUUGAAAUGAAAAGCUGAACUGGUGAUAUAUUAGGGCAAGAACAGUUUUCAUGACAUGUUUGUAUUUUAUUAAUAAUAUUAUUGUUAUAAUUUUCAUAAUUGAUAUUGCUAUAAUGUUGUAGUUUUGAUUUCCUGUUAAUGGCACAUUGUAUCUCAAUAACAUCAACAACAGAAUGAGCACACACUCAAAAAAUGCACAAUGACACUUCUGUUUACAUGAUUUUAGGUAUUGGAUGUUUCUUGUUUGUUUUAUUUGUCUCAACCCCCUACGCAUACCUCUGUCUUCUGUUCUUCGCAGAAUUUGUGGCCAAUGUCUUUUACUACCAAAAAAUAAUGGCAGAAAAAUGUAAACACUCAAGCAGGGUGUGAUAGGAAUACAAGGAUAGCUGUUUGAAAUCGCUCUUAUCUAAGAAUUAUCCUUCCUAAAACUCCCAUCCAUCCAUCCAUCCAUCCAUCCAUCCAUCCAUCCAUCCAUCCAUCCAUCCAUCCAUCCAUCCAUCCAUCCAUCCAUCCAUCCAUCCAUCCAUCCAUCCAUCCAUCCAUCCAUCCAUCCAUGUUAUUAGCAUGGGAGUUCCCCAAAACGUCUGAAUGUGAAAAUGGUGGCGAUCAUCCAUCCAUCCAUCCAUCCAUCCAUCCAUCCAUCCAUCCAUCCAUCCAUCCAUCCAUCCAUCCAUCCAUCCAUCCAUCCAUCCAUCCAUCCAUCCAUCCAUCCAUCCAUCCAUCCAUCCAUCCAUCCAUCCAUCCAUCCAUCCAUCCAUGUUAUUAGCAUGGGAGUUCCCCAAAACGUCUGAAUGUGAAAAUGGUGGCGAUCUCAGAAACGUCUUUAUCUUUUGGUCUGUCAAUCUACAUGUCUGGUCACACGCACCCCUCCCAAAAUGUAAUGUCAUAAUAUAUGUAUUUCUACAGGCUUGUUACUGUGCAAGGAGGGACUGAUCGAAUGUAAUUUGGACAGUUGCUCCUAAUUCUACUUUCAGUUCAGGUGGCUUGGAACAAUAAUGUUUCUGUCUUGCGACCAGUGUCCUUCCUAUUCAGUAAAGAGAAAGGGUUUUUAGACCCUCUAUGCUCUUCUAUGGCUUUGCUCUUGCCUGUAAAUACAACAUAUUGAGCUUGUAUUGUGCUUGUUUAUUUGUUGUUUUGAUAUACAACUUGAGAAUCCUGAAAGUGGUUCCUUCUCCUGCAUUGAUUUCACUGUUACCCUGCAUACAAACUCAAGGCUCAAUGUUAUUUUACUGAUCUGAUCCCGUGAUACAGGCCCCUUGCUACUGGUUUCCAUGUUGUCUUUGGUGUACAAACCUCUAGCUGCUUCCUUCCAGUUAGGGUUGACCUCACAGAUCCUUAUGAUCCGGUGUCUGACCCCUCUCACAUGCAACCAUAGUUUAGCGAGGGGCAAAAGGCGUCCGCAUGCUUCCCAGCUGAAACAGUUCGAUUGAGUUUGUGCAUAUAUUAUGACAUUUUGAAAAAAAAAAAAUAGAGAAAUAGUGCACCAAACAUCUUAGUUAGAUGUAAAAUUGCACGACUAAGAUCUCGUCGGCAAAAACAUAAAACUUAUUGACAGAUUUCUUGAGUUAUCUAAGAUGAAUUCUUACUAUUUUGAGGAAGUGAAUACUGGCUACAGCGUCUCAAAAUGGACAAACCUUACUAUUGCUGCAAAGGUAUUUUUGUUAUAU